CAGUGUGCGGAAUGGAACCGAUAAGAUAGCGGAGUAGGAUCAGCUGAAAAUUUCUACACUUCAUUGUUCGCAAGCGAUAUGAUUCGCACGGCACGCAUCGCUGGCGUGCUGCAGACCAUAAUAUGUGGCAUCCAUAUGCUGUUGUGCGUGUCGGUGAUGGCGGUGGCAGUGGGCCUGCACCGCAGCCUGGAGCACUACCGCGCUGCCCUCUACCCCUACUCGACGCUUAUUCCCGUCGUGGCGACGGUUUCCGCCGGAUUGGACAUGCUGGCCGCCACCGCUGCACACAUCACGCUGCUGCGGCGCCGCCCAAUGCCACUCUGCUACGUAAGCCUAAUUGUGGCUGCAUUUUUCACUAUAAAGAGUGUAGUGUUCGUUAUGGGCUUUGCAUAUCAGUCCUACUUCUACAACUAUGCAGAGAUAUACUUUGAUCAUCUAGCAUUGACGUAUUUGGAAAAUCCUCAGCCAGUUGAUGAUAUACAAAUCAAUCUGGACUGCUGUGGUAAAACUGAUGCAGGUGACUGGUUCAACAUCACUGGAUUUAUUCCCGCAUCAUGUUGUCCAAAAAGGAAUCCAGGAAUAACAGAAAGUCGCUGCAGAAUACCUGAAGACUUUUUCACUGUAACUCCAUAUGGAUGCCUGAGCAGACUUGAGGCAUUGCUGGAGCAUGGAAUUAUUUCAGUUCUUCUGAUACUGAUGCUUGGUGUUCAGAUAACACAGGCACUGCUCUUCUGUACAGCCUGCAUUGGAAGUGCAAGCUUACGAAUGCAAGAAAAACAGAACAAUACAGUAACUGCUUCAGGAACCACCAAUGAGAGAUGAAGUGAAAUGUAUACAUGGCAACUAUUGGGACUGAAUCUCUACAAUGUUUGUAAAGUGUUGAAACAGCAACCUGAUUAUAUAAAUGAAUAAGGUUGUCACUCAUAAUUAGCAAAAAUGUGUUAAGAUGUAACUAAUCUUAAUACUGAAAUAAGGACAUAAGAAAAUAAGUUUUACAUCACAUAGAGUUCUGUAUUCUAAACAAGAACACAUGAUAACACAAACAGACCAGUAAAGAGGAAUUGUAAUGUCAUGAGACUGAAAAUAUUUUAAUUGACAAAUGCGACAAAUGAGCUUCUUCAAUAUGUUUCAAAAGAGGCAUAACUCAAAAAACUUCAUGACAAAUUAAACUGAUUCCAGGCCAGAACAUGAAGCCAUUGCUCACCUGUGGUAGGUAAUACUUUUGCUUCCAAUACUACACAGACAUGGCUCACCACCUGCCUCGCAGACUACUGUGCAUCUUGUUAUGUUUUACAGCUGUAAAGUUAUGUGAAUAAGUACAUUGCCCAUGAAAUGAUUGAUUCUGGGUUUUUAUAUUGAUAUGUACAGUAGGUGGUUGCACAUCUCCUACAUGACAUGCUCUGUCACUGCUGAGUUCAAGAGAUCACUUUGAGUUGGGCUGCAGUCACAUAAACAUGGUUACCUCAGCUGAUUCUGACACCUAUUGAUUGCCAAUUGUGAAGCAUUUUUCAUUACCUGCAAUCUGAAGAGAAUAGUGAUGCAUAAAUUCAUCAAAGAAUGAGCUUAGUAUAUGGAGAAAACUUUGAAUGAUGGUGCUGUGUGUGAAUGGUGACAAAAGUUUUAAAGAUGACCAAACUCCUACGCAUGAUGAAAGGGUCAAGGAUACUCCUUGGGCCAUUUCAGAGGGACAUUUCUGAUCACUUGCCAUACAGUUCCAGCCUAGCAUCUAGUGACUUCCAUCUUUUCCCUGAACUAGAGAUGUGGCUAGGAUGACAGCAGUGUCUAACUGACAAGGAGCUUUGAGACAACUUAAAGACUUAUUUAAAUUCAUUGGUGGCAACAUUUUGUUUGGAAGAUUUUGGAAAGCUUGUCCAGAGGUAUGGCAAAUGACUAAAUCAUGAUGGGGAUUAUCUCAAAAAGUAACCAUAACUGUAUAUAACUUUUAGUAAUAAAAUAAUUUUUAUAUGCA